AUGAAUUUUAAACGAGAAGAUAUUGAAUUUUUUUGUAAUGGACAACCUCGACAUGAUAUUAAUUCAUAUGAUCAAAUAAAUGAUUAUAGUUAUGCAAUAAAUUAUCUAGAAAAUCGAUUAAAUAGUAAUCAAUUAUCGAUUGGUCUUUGGGGUAUAUCAUAUUCUAGUGAUCAUGUAUUUGUUGUUGGUAAAAAUGAAAAACAAAAAAUAAAAUGUAUUGUAUCACAAGUACCAACAAUAAAAGAUAAAAAUUGUUUAUAUACGAAUAAAGAAUAUAUUUCUAUUGUAAAUUAA